AAAUUACCCAUGCGAGAUUUGUUACUCAGCGUGCAGACACAGGAUUGCAGCUUUCUUACAAAGUUCCUUGUAUUGGAUUACAGUUAGUUAAUGUUUCAGGAUUUUAUUAACCCGGUUUUUCCCAGUUGAAAUAUGUUUCAAUUUUAAUCGUGUGCAGUUUGGUUAUAAAGAAAGGCAAAUCAGCUUUUUCACUCCGUCUUCUAUCUUUUGCACUGAAUUUCGCUCCGUAUGUUGAUGUCUCUGUAUGCUCAUAUAUUUUCAGAGGCACUUUUAUAACUUUUAUGUCACAGCCUUCUCUGCGCCUAAUAGGCCUCGAUGCGGCAGAAUUAAACUUGCGACGCACCAGAAUAUUUUUUGGACAUUCAGUUAAUACCUCGCACAAAAACCUCAAAGGAUUAGUUAAAAUUUGGUUUUGACUGUCAAGGCUUGUCUAGUCGCCAUGGAGAGACGGGACCGCCACCAAACAACGUCCGAUUACCCCAACCCAUUUGUCCAUAAAUUGAGUAUGACCAGGGCGCAAAAAAUGAGGGGCAUGGUAUUUGGCUCCAUACUCUUCCCCAUUCGAGUCUUCCUGGUUGCCAUAUGCUUCCUGAUCAUGUGGCCUAUCGCCCGACUCCGAUUGGCUGGCCUUUCGGAGGCAGAACGUGCCCGGCCAGUAAUGACGGGGUGGCGGAGAUGGUUACUACACCCCAUAAUCUGGUUUCUAAGCCGUGCAGCCUUUUUCUUCCUGGGGUUCUUCAGGGUCAGAGUUAAAGGUCGUAGAGCGUGCCGUAAGGAGGCUCCUGUGCUUGCAGUGGCACCGCACAGUAGCUUCCUGGAUAUGCUGGUGCUCCCGGAAACCCAGCUAGCUACGGUGGUGUCCAGAUCGGAGAACCAAAGCAUUCCCGUUAUAGGGGCCCUCCUGGAGUUUAACCAGGCAGUGUUGGUAAACAGGAAGAAUCCAGAGUCCAGGAAACAAGCAGUCAUGCAGAUCAUACAGAGGCUCACCUCCAACGGCUACUGGCCACAGAUGCUGAUGUUCCCAGAAGGCACCACGACAAACGGCACCAGUCUCAUCAAGUUCAAACCUGGUGCCUUUCUAGCUGGAGUCCCAGUCCAACCAGUUCUGCUGCACUAUCCCAAUAAAGUGGAUACUGUGCGUUGGACCCACAAGGGGACAUCCUGGAUGGAGGCACUCUGGCACACCUGCUCUCAGAUCUACACAAACGUCACUGUAGAGUACCUGCCAGUAUACAUCCCCUCUCAGGAGGAGAAGAAUGACCCCAACCUUUAUGCAGAUAACGUCCAGAAAGUCAUGGCCAAGGCUCUGGGUAUACCAGCGACAGACCAUGUGAUGGAGGGACGAGUUCCUACUAGGAAGUUGGGGGGGCUCUCCCUCCCCCUAGAACCCCCAGCCAGAGAAACCCACUCCCUGCUUCAAAAAAACGGUCUCAGAAAGCCAGAGGUGGAGGCAGCCUUAAGUCGGAUGAUUGACAGGUGCCAAUCAGAGCAACGGUGGAGCGCUGAUGUGGACGACCUGGUACCUCUACUGGGACUGACUGACAGGCAGACAGCCGCUAAGAUCUGUGGCCUCUACUCUAAGGAUGACAAGGUGGAUCUCCGACAGAUGUAUCUGAGUAUGGCCGCCGUCUAUGGCCGCCUGGACUUCAAGUCUCUCCUCCACAGGGCUUUCACUCUGUAUGACAGAGAGGGUAGUGGCAGCCUGACUGCAGUUGCCGUGUCUGACCUGAUGGGGGCGCUAUUGGGGAGUCCUCAGCACCACACGGAGGAGUUGUACAGAGAACUCUCCAAGGGGGGCACGCCCACUGAACAGGACCUCUUCAGGGUGCUGACAACCCAUCCGACCUAUAAGAAGCUGAUCAGUGAGUACUUCACAUCUGAGGGGGCGGAGUCUACAUUACCGUCGAUUCCUGUUACCAAUAGGAAGACGGGGAACAACAACGAAGGGUUGCCAAGUAACAACCGAUCAGCCUUUCUUCAUGAAACGGCUGAUAACGGUGUUACUGUAGCCAACAAAAAGGAUGACUAAAAAAAAUCUGAAGCCUAUAAAUGAACUCCUAGACCGGACUCCUAGACCCUUUUUAGGACUUGUAUUUCUUUACUCUGAAGGCCAAUCUCCAUUGACACCUUAUUCCUCUGAAAGUAGUGUUCCACAUUUGUGCAGCUCUACCUCAGGCACUAACUAAGAAUAGGGUGUUAUCAGGAGGAAGUGGACCUAAGGCCUAGAAGUUAUUAAAGAUUAAUCUCUACAGAUAUACAGAGAUCUACAGGUCAGCUCACAAAAUGGCUGCCGAUCAAUCAUUGACUAAUAGGAAUUUUCUUCUCAGAAUUCCAUUCCUGAGGCUUGCACAAUAUUGAAAGGUUAAGAAAGGCCGUGCUCCACAGUAUCUACACCAACGCCAAUGUAACAUGCUGCUCUCUGCCAAGUCCAAGGGACUCUACAUGUCAUCUGUUGUUUUUGUCACAGAAUAUAUUGUCUUGAAGACAUUGUUUACAAUGUGUAUAACUACAUGGCCAGUUAUGGUUAUUUCAAUAAAUUCUCUGGAUGUUUGUCUCAAUGCUGUACAUAUAUGUAUCAACAAACCUAUUUAUAAAUGUAACAUGUUUUAAUA